AUGUCUCCCUGGAGCCCUCGGCGGCUGCUCUCAACAAGGCAGCCGAACCAAACACCGAGUCGGCGAACCAAUCUGAAAAUCGAACUCGAAACUUCCACUGCCAUUCUUCACGGAUAUUCCAGCAAUAGCAGCGGUGCCUACAUCUCGGGGCGACUAUUAUUCAACACAGAGGAAGCUAUACAGGUUGAAAGCCUUGAUGUUACGCUCCAACUUCAUGUUCGGUACAAACGUCCUCGGAAAAAGAAUUGCGCCAGCUGUGCACAGAAUUUGGUUCAAAUAUCCCAACAGAAUGUUAUAUCCACCCCGACAUCACUUCCUAAAGGACAACAUCACUUCGACAUGUCCUUCAUCAUCCCAGGCCACCUUCCCAUCUCUAUGGAUACACCCCUUGCAACAGUAGAGUACGAAGUUUAUGCCCAGGCUGCCUGCACAGAACGAGAACCAGUCGUGUCAAAAAAGGUCCUCAAGGUUGAGCGGAUACUUGAAGCCGAAUCUAAUAAACAACUUCAUACCUUCAACUUCAACUCCACCAACAUGAUAGCCACAUUAUGCCUCAACAGUGUCAUUCGUCCUACUGGGACCAACUCAGUCUCACUUCGCAUCGAUAACAUCACUUCAGGUCUUGCCAUCGGACUUGAGGUGUGGAAACUUCAAAAGGUUACUUGGAAACUUGAAGAGUCUGUUUCUGUCGCUCUCCCAAACUGUCCUCGUCAUCCAACAGCCUCAGGGACUAGUCAGGGAACCGACCCGAGUCAACAGUUAGAGACCCACCUGCUUGGAAAAAAGAGUCUUCGCCACGGAUGGGAAGAACACGCAAACGAAUCCCAACCUCACAUUACCUUCGGCUUCGGCUACAGUCUCAACAGAGUUGGCUCCGAGGCUAUCUAUGCAUGUGAGGAGAGCGCCGGCCCGCAAGUGACACACGCUCUCCUCGUCGAGCUUCACCUGGAGAAGCAUUUUGUGCUGCCAGAGUCUCCCUGGAUGACAUCACCGCCAAGGGCUGAAACCACUCUGCGCAUGACACGGCCUGUUGUUUUGACGGAGCUGGUUGAGCCGAGUGUUCCGCCAGCUUACGGUAACUCGGCCGAUAGUCCACCCGAGUAUGCCGAUGUCGGCUGUUGA